AUGGCUGGUUAUCGAGAGAAAGUGUAUUGGGAGAUUGUGAGCUUAGUUGAAAACAGCACAAUUGCCAGUCUGACAUCCAGACGGUUGGCUACUUCAAACAAGGCGGCGCAGUCCAUGCAUCCGGGGUAUGAUGACCCCGGAUACACCGUGUAUCUUGACGUCAACAAAGGGAAAAGAUAUGUGUGCUCCUGUGAGGAUGGUUGGAUGAAAGUCUCAGCAAGCCUCAGUCAAUUUAAAUGUUAA